GAGCGAGUUAGGUCCUGGUUGUGGGAUUUUUUUUUUCUUUUUAAAGACAGACACAAACACAGCUGUUGGGUAAAAAUGCCGCCUCCACAGAAAAUCCCAAACCUCAAACCUUUCAAGCAGAGGAAGAACUUAGCAACCAGACAACAGGAAGUUGCUGGAAUCCGGGCAAAGUUCCCAAACAAGAUCCCGGUGAUAGUGGAGCGCUACCCCAGAGAGCAGUUCUUGCCCCUGCUGGACAAAACCAAGUUCCUGGUCCCGCAGGAGCUGACCAUGACCCAGUUCCUCAGCCUCAUCCGGAGCCGAAUGGUCCUAAGAGCCACUGAAGCCUUUUACCUGCUGGUGAACAACAAGAGCCUGGUCAGCAUGAAUGUGACCAUGGCAGAGAUCUACAGGGACUAUAAGGAUGAGGAUGGCUUCGUAUACAUGACCUACGCCUCCCAAGAGACAUUUGGUUCCUUAGCAUCGGCAGACCCCAGUGACCUCGGGGACAGAUCUGCAGUCCUCAAUAGCCCACUUCAAGAAGAAUUUGUCCUCUGAACCGUGUGCACCAGGUGCUGACGGAAGGAACUGCUUUUCUUCUGCAUAGGCACUGGAGGGGCCAGAAGGGGCCAGAGAUGGAUGGUGCGAUCAGCUCCAACCAGUGACAGCCAAGCUGUGGCCCUUCCUGGUUUAUCUUUUCUGCGCUCCAUGCUCUUAUAUUCUCUAAGAAAAAUAUGGGCUUUUGUUAAGUUUUAUGAAUAGCAACUCUCUUCUGAAUAAGAAAUGUUUAGCUUAUAUGAUGGUUUUGUAUGAUGAGCUGGCCAUAUGAGUUAGGUGUCAUCUGUGGUGGAGGUGAGUCUGACCUUAAUGACUGACUUCACUCCCUGCGGGGAGGAAUCCAAUGUGGAGGUAGAUUUAUGGAGAACCUAUGACCCAUGAUACACUGGUGUUGGUGAAACCAGGUGAAACCAGUGAAAAUCAUGAUCAACUCAUUUGGGGGGAUCCUUAUUUGUCCUUAGAAAUAAUAUUUCCUCAGCAUUUACCCUCUUUAGCUAUUUCCUCUUACUUCCUUUUGUGUGUGUGUCUAUGCCAUACAUAUUCAUGUCAAACUUGUAACUUCUCAAUAUAAAGUUAUUAAAACCAUCUGAGCAUUUAAA